GGUCAACUGUUGUUUUGAAAUGAGCUUUAUACUUUCUCCUGACAUACAAAUGAAUACGUGGGAGUUUAUGGAAAAGUCAGACGGCGUCAGUGUGUAACACAGUGACUCAGCCUGUAGGCGGCCUCUCCACCAUGUCAAAAGACUUCACCAAUCUGUCUGCAGUGAGAGCAGACUGCCAGCCCAUCCUCAAGUUUCACUGCACGCUUGGACAUCUCACACACACACACACAUAUGCAUACACACUAUGAGCUCCGUCUUUGAACUGAAAACACUGAAUUUCAUGCACUGGAUUUGAGCAACCGGCGGAUUCUUGCUCCAUAUGAGGAAGAAAAUCUUGAAAGCACCUUGUCUCUUCUUGAGUCUGUUCACAAGUUUGAAUCUCUGCUCCGGGAAAUUUGGGACACCAAUAACUGAUGAUGUGAGCACGCUGUCAAUAUUGAAGCAGAAUAUCCCCUCUGAUUAUGAGAUUCCUGUUAGUUACAUUCCCAAAGAAGUGGCUGGCACGUGCUGGGUGGUGUUAAAUAUCUAUCCUUUGGAGCAAAGUCUUCGGAAGCUGGCCAACAUGUUUGGUGCCAUCUCCUCCAACAAAGAACACAUAAUUGUCUUCAUUGCCAUGCUGAAGAGUUUACGCUUCACCUUUGACCAUGAGGAACUGGAAACAGCAAUGCAAGUCUUCCAGUGUCACUAUCGAGAAGGCAGCUUAAUGUCUGGUCUUUACUUUGACUACAUCAAAGACGUCUUGAAUACUGCCUCUCAAGGAACAUCCGGCUGCUCAUGCAAGCCGCCACCAUGCCUUAAUCCACAACAAAUACCAGGAGGUCAGGAGGAGGGUCGUGAAUACAGCUGGUCGAAGAGAAUGCCCUUGCUGCUGGUUCUCAUCCCUUUCACAGCUUGUGUUGUUAUCCUAGCAUGGCUGGUCAAGUCUGGAAGGCGUUUGCCAGUGUACAACGCUGAAAAUAGCCAAAUUGCACCUUCUGACAUGAUCCCAACUGUGUCUAUCUCCAUCCCACUUCAAACACUCACCCACGCUGCAGACACUCAGCCGGUGGGGGAGGCGAUCCCUGAACAUGAGAGUGGAUGAAGCAUGAUUAAUAGAAAAGGGAAAUCUGGACAGCAGUAUAACAACUCGCUCUCCAGGUCGUUCUGAGAUUGACAGGAGCCUGCUGGAUAAACGAGUGUGGUCUGACACGCUUCCUCUGCUUUCACUCAUUUGAGUGCAUGGACCUGAGCUACGAGAGAAAACUCACCUGCUGCGAAGGCAGGCGAAUCACAAAAUUCCCCAGGCACUUCACCAUCCAAAGAGGUUGUUUGGGACCAGAAGAAGAACUCUCUACACAAUUUAUGGUUAUCUGCCAUUCUGGUGAAGUACAUUAAUUGUCUCGUCUCUGCCAGUGUUAAACAGCAUUUGGCUCGACUUCUCUGUGCAGACCAAGUUGAGUUUUUUUUCAUUCCUGCCACUCUGAACUGUUGCCGUUCAGGGUGUUGCCGUGCUCCAGUUUUGAGCUGCAAUCAAAAGUAUCACUGGAGUCUCAAAUCAAAAUGAUAUCACACUGUUUGGAGGACGUCAAUUCAUUCUGAGAUGGGACCCCUGUUAUCCGUUUGUUGAUGAUGUUGUUGACUAUCCUUUCACUGCAGUAGAGUCAACACACUGAAUCCCAACCUGCUUCUGUAUGCUCACUUCUCCUGAAAUGCAUUAGGGGUAUAUGCAGAGAAGUGCAUUCCUAUCAAUACUGCCUUUUAGUAAAACAACUGAAAUGCAUCAGAAAUAAAAGGGUGAUUCAAGAAGCUACAUUUGAUCUACUGCAGCUUGUCUUAUAAUUGUUGUUGACAUUAUUCUGAUCUGUGAUCUGUCACAAAUUGCCAACCUGCUAGUCGCACACAACGCGCCGAGCAGUUCAACAAGCGUCCUGCUUUGUGUAUCAAAGAUCUGACCAGAUGGCAGAUAGCCAUCGCCAGAGGCACUUUGAAUCCCGACAUUGUAUUGCAAAGCUGUUGCCCAGUGAUCUAUAGCUGCUGCUCGGCCAACAGUGAGUGUGUUAGAGUUUUUAAUGCCUUAUUCACUGAGUCAAUCAUGUACAGUCAUGAGAACAUGACUCCCCGAGUGUGAGCACUCUUGUACUGUAUGUGUCAGAGAGAGGGAGCGAGAGACAGGACAGACAGGACGAGGGAAAGUGAGGGACAUAGGAAUAGAUAGAUGGAUGGACGGAUGAGCUCAGUGAGAAACAUAAGGAGGGUUUGUUCUCGUCACAAAAGAACUGGCCGUAGGCUGGAGGAAAUGCCAGUUACAAACACGACUGAUGUCGGCAGAUCCCUAUGAAUCAACAUGCUAAGAAUCUUUCCAGACCGCAGGCUAUGUAGCCUCAUCUACAGAGGAUUGUUAGUAUUUCAAUAACAGUUUUCUGUAUUCUGAUUUACUUCCAAAACACAUCAAUGAAAUAUGGAAAGAUAUACCUUUAUUAAAAAAUGUUUUCAUGUUGUAGACAAGUUCUGAAACUUAUGUUUUAUGUCUUUCUGGUGACCAAUUUGUAUAAAUGUCUUUUUUGAUUUUGUGAAAAUGUGUUUGUAUUGUAUGAGAUAUUUAAGUUAUUUUGUUACACUUACCACAUACAAAAUGUAAUGAACUGUUGUUGACUUCUACUGUUGUAAUGUUGUAAAUGAAAAAUAGACCAAUUUAAGUCAUGAAUGUACGGGGGGGGUAGACAAAAUACUGUGAACAUUCUGGGAAAACACAUUAUAACUUUGAAGUAACUAAAUCAUCAUUGCAAAGUGCACUGCAGCUGUGGGUCAUGUAGUUGGAUGCCAAUAGCUGUCUUUGUCAUCCCCCUAUAUGCAUGUAUGUUGUAUAUCUGUUUCGUAGUUUCAACUUCUGAUCACUGUUUCUCUUUGUUGUUAUGAUUUCCGAGGCUCUUCUGCCAUAUAUUGUUUGACUUGAACCUCUUGCAGUUUGGCCUUUUGUCUUUUAUCUGUCCCAUGUUGUUUUGAUGAUUCACAUAUAUAAGUGCUAAUUGUAUGAUGUCUUUUAUGCCUGGCUAAUUGGCAUUCAAAUGAAUACCAUAUGACCCACAUAUGUAGCAGUUUAUUACGAUGAUUUGGUCAGUCCUUUUUUAUGGAAUGUUGACAUUAUUUUGUCCACCCCCUGCAAAUGGCCCAUGAGUAUAUAUAUUAGUGCACUGUAUUAUUGUUGUCAGUAAAACAGUGACACACGAAGUCUGAAUGUUUCAUUGAUACCCUUUUAGUUAAAAGAAUAGAAUAACAGUACACAAUUCAACUUCAAAAGACGCAAAGUUCACUUAACAUGAACAAGAGGGUUGAUAAAAGGCCUCCAUUCUUGGUUUUUGAAGUGAAAUACUCAGAAGGAUCUCAAAACAGAGAUCAUACAUUCAUGUAGAACUUUGUCAGGCCAUUUACUCAGGCCUCCCUGACCUUCAUUUCAAAGAGACACAAAUUCACUGACAGGGGUUUUGAUGUAUUUCAUUGCCAUGGUUAUUGACUGCACAAAUAAUACCAUUAAUGUUUGAUUAAAUUUGUAAUAAUAAAUUUGUGGCUGUAAUGCAGCACUGAGCUGGA